AUGCCUUCAAAUCAAAUGUUCAGUCGCAUCGGUGCUGCGUUGAUUCUCGCUGCUGGCAGCGCGAACGCCGCAUAUGUUAUCAACCACACGUAUGACCAUACAAACUUCUUCUCCCAAUUCAGCUUCUUCUCUGGUGAUGAUCCAACUCAUGGUACGGUGGCAUAUCAAACCGCUUCUGCUGCCAACAAAACAGCACUCGCUGGAUAUACCAACAACGCUGGUGUCGAUGCCGUUUACCUCGGAGUAGACCAUACUACUGUACUCUCAGGAACUGCUGGAAGACCCUCAACUCGUGUAACCUCAAACAAAGCUUACACUCACGGCUUGUUCAUCGCUGAUGUCGCCCACAUGCCUGAAGGAUGUGGAACUUGGCCUGCAUUGUGGAGUUUCGGUGAAGACUGGCCAACGCGUGGCGAGAUGGACAUUAUCGAGGGAGUGAACGCUGGAACCACAAAUCAAAUGACCCUUCAUACUUCUGCAAAUUGUGUCAUGAAAAACACUGGAUCUGCUUCUGGCACUACUCUUGUUAACGGAGACUGCAAUGCUGGCAACGCAAAUACAGGAUGUGGUCAGACAGUCAAAGACACAGCUACAUACGGUCCAGGAUUCAACGCAGCUGGAGGUGGUGUCUAUGCAUGGGAAUGGACCUCAGACCACAUUGCCAUCUACUUCUUUCCCCGUUCAGCCAUUCCAGAAAACGUCCAAUCUGGCAACCCAGACCCAACAACAUGGGGAAAGCCAAUGGGCAUGUUCACGGGUAGCGGUUGCGACAUAGACACUCAUUUCAAGCAGCACAACAUUGUCCUUGACACCACUUUCUGUGGGGACUGGGCUGGUUCAGUAUGGUCAAGCGGUGGUUGCGCAGCUAGCACCAAAACUGCCACUUGCGAAGCAUACGUUACUGCCAAUCCAAGUGCAUUCAAGAACGCUUACUGGAUCAUCAACUCAAUCAAGGUGUUCUCCUCAAAAUAG